AUGUCCCGACGACAAAAUACCUACGGUACAUGUACUCCCCAUCGACAUCAACUGCACUCCCCCGUCCACAAAACAGGCCCUAACUUCCUCGCCGCAUUAACCCUCCCCAACGUCCUGACACGAUGCUGGUCGCCCAGAAACGAAUCACCUGAUGACGAAGAGAGACAUAACCUCUUGUCUCCCUCUUCUGUGGUACCGUCCUCCCUAACAGAGAGAUACGGCCCAUGCACCGAAAUCCUCCACUAUGGCUCCCACAGCUGCGUAAGACUGUAUGCCCGAAAACAGUCACCGUCUAUAGGUGCCCCGAAACAACUUCACGUCGUCAAGGUCCUCCGCCGUUCGUCAAACGCUUUCGUCAGAGCUACUAAUCGCUUCGAACAAUCCCUCUCAUCGGCCGUCUCUCAUCCCAAUCUCCUCCAGACUCUGGAGGUCCUUCAGAAUGACCGCGGCGAGACCUGCCUGGUCAUGGAUUAUUGUGCGGGAGGCGAUCUGAACACGCUUAUCGCGACGUCUGAAGAGACCCUAGAUGUAUCUGAUGCGAACUGUUUCUUUAAGCAGAUCAUGCGCGCAGUAGUGUAUCUUCACGAGAAUGCCAUUGCGCAUCGUGGUCUCAGGACGGAGAAUAUCCUUCUUACGGCCCGGGGCGCGGUGAAGGUUGCUGACUUUGGGAGUGCGGAGUGGCUGCUAGAUGAGGUUGCAGGGGGCGAGCAGGCGGAAAGUCGGAUACGGCCGCAGUUGUCGUCGCUUUCCUCGCCUCCGCGGAAGACCGUGGGGUCGACGCCCUAUCUUGCCCCGGAGGAAUAUCGAGAUUGUGCAAUGGUUGAUCCACGGGCUGGUGAUGUCUGGGCUGCAGGGCUUGUGUACAUGGCGAUGAGGUGGGGUCGGUUGCUGUGGAAGAUGCCAUGCGUGGACCAGGAUGGGAAUUACUGUGCGUAUCUCAGGGGACGGCAAACUUACGAGGGAUAUCCUCCGAUUGAGGAGUUGGAAGAGACGCGGUGUCGUAAUGUGAUCUAUGCGAUGUUGCAUCCCGAUCCUGUCCGGAGGAUUAGGGCGUCUGAGGUGCUGAGGUCGGAAUGGAUAUAUGGGGUGCGGGUGUGCGAUGCAGGGAAAAUGGGGUGGUAA